AUGGAUUUCAAGCUGAGUCUUAUUGCUGCUUUGGCACAUUUCAAUCCUUCUGAUGUUCUUCAAUCACUGCCCAAAAACAAGAGAAGUGGAAAAAGGGAGCACCGAAAGAGGCUCCAUGAAGCAGUCCAAACUUCCCCCGACGAGCUAAAGAAUAGCAUGAUGAAAACAGCUGAGACCUACUUUAAAGAUAAAACGACCUUGGUUGACAUCUCAGUGCAUCUGAUCAACAGUCAACCUCUCGAAGAAACUAUUCACGACGGCUUGUGGAAACGAAGUGUUGAUAUAUUCGCAAAUACUGAUUCCAAAGCAUCUCGAGUGCGCCGCCUUGAGGAAGGUCGAGCUGUAUUACAAACAGAGCGCUCUACAAAUGACUAUGCCAAGCGAUUGAGCAUGCUGCUGUCCCGUAUUGAAAUUGAUGAGAUGACUCUUUCAGUUCCAGAUAAUGAGUGCCGGCAGGGUGUCGGCAAAACGACAAUAGCCUAUGAAAAGUAUGCAAAGGAAGCUCAUGUGGAUUCUAAGUGGGAGAGGUGCUCUGUAGAUGUUGACCUGCUGCUUGAGUUUGUGAAAGAUAAGUAUCCUGAACGGGAGAAGAUCUUUCACCGCCAUGACCGAAUAUGCGCAAAGGCGAUCCUCAGUGGGCUUAGAGCUUGUGGAUGGGAGGACGACCAGAUUUUGCAGAGCAAGGGAGAAAUGUUGACGGCCAUGAGAAAAUAUUUCAUUAAGCUCGUGCAGGGAGAGACGAACAAAGAGUACGACGAGCCCAGCAGCAAACGGCCAUGUCGCGGCUUACAGGCACAUAUGCCUAGAGUUAAUUCAUUAGGAGACCUGGGUCCUCAUAUAAACUCACACAGCAACACUCCAAUGCAAGUUCUCGCUGCUGCUGCAACUUCGGAAACCCAACGCGACAGAACGCACAUCGCACAUCAGGUUGUUGAUACAAUUCAAUCCUUACCUUCCGCAAACUCGCAGUCCGCACCUACAGAACUCAAUCAUACAACGAAUUCAAGGGCUGCCGUGGAGGAUUUGGCUAUCCCAGCUGAGACACUGCUGUCGACUGUAUCCCCGCAGCCUCGCUUGAAUGGCCUGACCGAAUCAAACGGUAUGAUCUGCUGGAGCGCGAUUGACAAACAACACUAA